AUGGCAGCGGCCACCGAAACUUUGGAGAGGCAGCAGGCUUAUGGCUGGCAGCCGCUACCGCCGCAUCUGGCCAUGCAGUUGCUGUCCGCCUGCCUCUCCUUGCAAACGCCUGGACCGGUGGUUGCGGCAGCUGCAGUCAACUGGGCGCGCUACCUGCGCCAGCUCCCGAAGGUACCUUCGGCUCUGGUGGAGUUUGAGAGCUCUCCUCGGCCGGCAUCUCCGGCUCCUGGGAAGGCGGAAGUGGAGGCACUUCUUCGUGCUGCUCUCCUUGAUCUCCGCGUAACGUUGCCAUGUGCUGAUGCACCUCUCAUGGAGCAAGGCCUGGAUUCUCUGGCUGCCGUGGAGCUCCGAAACCGUCUCAGCAGGGCCUUGUGCAUGCCUGGCCUGCCAGCCACGAUGGUCUUCGACUACCCGACGGCGUCCAGCCUCGCAUCCUUUCUGAAGUCACGCAUGGAUCCAGCCGCCGCGGGACCGGGAGCUGUGCCAGAGGUGCUUCCGGCAGCAGCGCCUGCUCGACCGACUCGAUCACCGGGGAUCGGCCAAUCCGUUUUGCGCGCGGCAUCUUGUAUCCAAGUGCGGGGUCAAGAUGCAGUGCAUCAAGUACCCAUUGAGCGCUGGGACAUGAGCGCGUACUUUGGAGAGGAUCCGUCUCGCAGCUACAGCAGGCAUGGCAGCUUCAUUGAUGGCCUGGAGCUCUUUGACGCCGAUCACUUCGGCCUGUCGGCCUCGGAGGCGGCAGGGAUGGGCCCGGCUCAGCGGCAGGUCCUGGAGGUGGCGGCCGAAGCCUUGCACCUCCCGCCACAAGGCGGUCCGGACAUCGCUGUGGUGGUCGGUAGCACUCAGCACGACUGGAUGCUCCUCCAGGAGCCUGCAGCCUACACCUCGGUAUAUGGUGGCCUUGCCAUCAACGGAGCAGUCUUGGCCAACAGGAUCUCCUACAACUUUGCCCUGCGCGGUCCCAGCUUUGUCGUGGACACGGCCUGUUCCACUGCGCUAGUGGCCGUGGAUGCAGCAUGCAGGUACCUUCCAGACGUUGCGUCUGCACUCGUGGUGGCCGCCAACCUGCUGAUUGCGCCCCAGGUCUUUGUGCUGUACAGCCUCGCGCAGAUGCUCUCACGCGCCGGCCGCUGCUUCACCUUCAAUGCCACUGCAGAGGGCUACGUGCGUGGUGAGGGCAUCGCAGCACUCCAGCUGUCGGCAGAUGAAGCCAGACAUGCAGAAGGGCACUUGCUCGGCAGCGCUGUGAACAGCGAUGGUCGCAGUGCGAGCUUCACAGCACCCAGUGGCCGGGCACAAGAGGAGAUGCUCCUUGCCGCCCUGGCAGCCUGCAGUCGUUCUGCCGCGCCGAGCAUCGUGGAGUGCCAUGGCACCGGCACCGCCUUGGGAGAUCCGAUCGAGGUGGGAGCGCUCCACCGGGUGUUCAGGUUGCGAGCAGGGCCUGUGCUUCUCAGCUCCUCGAAGACAGGGCUCGGACAUGGCGAGGCCUUGGCAGGAGUGGCCAGCCUAUUGCGACUCUUCGCACCAUGUGCGGCGCCGUCGAAUCAUCUCCAGGUGAUGAACACGCACUUCGACCCGCGCUGUGCGGACAGUUCUGGCUGCUUGGUGUUUGCCUCAGAAGCGGUAGCGGCCCGGCGAGAGCGAGGAGCAUCGUCCUUUGGAUUUGGAGGUACAAACGCGCAUGUGAUUGUGCGGACUGGGGCUUCCGCGCCUCCAGCCAGGCGACUGCAGCUUCGAUCCCUGCCGUUCCCGUGGAAGGCCGCUCCGGCGGUGCUAGACGGGAAGCUCUUCGAUGUGCAAUGGACGGAGUGGCGAGCGGUUGAGGAGAAGCCACCGCCUCUGAAAGACAGCGACAGGUUGAUCGUGGCCCUCUUGCCGCCGGACCUGAAAGAUGUGCGUUUGCUCAGCAGCGACAUUCGGCGCCGGAGCCCCGUGGAAUCAGCGGAGGAGGACUUCGGGAGCCUGCCUGCCAAUCUGGCUGCCGAGGUGAAGUCUCGCAGUUCCUCGCUGGUUCUCUUCCUGAGGCGCUCUGGGACGGAUGCAGGGCUGCUGGCUGAAGAGAUUUUCGAGCUCCUAGCCCUCAGCGCUGGGCUCUGCCGCAGCCGUGCGCGCGCAGAGCUCGUGGUGGUGUCUCAGCGAUGUGCAUUGGCUGGCAUCCCUGGGGAGGGCUCCCCCGCUGCAGCAGCUCUUUGGGGAUUGGCCCGGUCCUUGCGGCUGGAGGCUCCGUGGGUUCGCGUGCGGCUCUUGGACACGGACGGACCCGAAGAUCUGGAGCAGCUGUUGCCGUUAUUGUUGAACCAGGAGGCUGAGCUGGAAUGUGCUUACCGCCGAUGCAAUGCACACGUUGUGGUUCCGCGUCUGCGACCCCUGCCAGCUUUUGAUGGCACUCCGCCGUGGCCUCCUUUGCGCGGUUGGCACUUGGUUUCCGGUGGCACAGGAGGAAUCGGCCUGCUGGCUGCACAGGCUCUGGCACGGCAGGCGGAGGGCCUGGUGCUCCUCUCCCGGCGAGGAGUCAUAGCAAAGCAGGAGCAUGCGCUCUUCGAGGAACUGGAAGGUCGACUGCAGAGAAAGCUGCAGAGGGUUCGCGCGGACGUGUCCAACCUGGAGGCCAUGGAGGCUGUAAUGCAGCAACUGCCGGAGCUGGCUGGAGUGGUUCACGCCGCACAGGCCCCGUUGGGCUACCGAGACUUGGCAGGACAGUCACGCGCAACUUUCCUGGGCGAGUACUCUGUCAGGGCUUUGGGUGCAUGGGUGCUGCACCGCACAACUUUGACGAGGCAUUCGCUGCGGAGCUUCGUGGGCAUCACAUCCCUAAAUGCGUUGUUGGGACAGGGCUCCAAUGCUGCCAUUGCGACAGCCAAUCUGGUGGUGGACGGCCUGCUGGCACAGAGAAGGGCCCAAGGUUUACCAGGGCUUUCUCUUCAGUUCUCGCGUGUUGCCGACGUGGGGUCCAACGCGAAGCAACCCUUACGCUAUGCCAGUGCCGUCUCUGCAAUCCGCGAACUGUCGUUCCAGAACUGUGCAGCUUUCCUUCGGGCCAUGCUGGUCGCGACGGGCCCGCCUCGUGUGCCGGUUCUGCUGGCUGAUGUGGACUGGAGGGCUUUUCAGGACCAGAUCGGUCUGCAGCUUCCGGCACUUCGUGAUUUAGGGCGUGGCGUCGAGUGGGGAGCAGGGUGCCAUCAGGACGCACACAAUUAUCAGUCUCUGGCAGCCCCCGUGGCCGUGGUUGGUGCCGGUUUUGGCGGCCUCUCUGCGGCCCGCGAGCUGCAGCGACGAGGAAUCGAUUUCCGCAUCUUCGAGAAGCAGGGAGCACUCGGUGGUUCCUGGCGUUCCAUGGCGAACCGCACUUCGAAAGCCCAGAUUGAGCGGGGCACCUACCACCUGGGCCUGGCGGACGGCGAGUGUACGGCCAAGCUGCCAAACUAUACCCCGAGAGAUGCCAUGCUGGAUCAUGCUCAGGAGUUUGCGUCGCAUCACCGAAUCCUUGACCAUUGCCGUUUCCGUGCUGAAGUGGUUCAAGUUGACAUGGAGGCCCCCGGCACCUACAACGUGGGGUGGCAGUCUCCGGAUGGACUCCGGCAUCACGAAGGCCCGUUUGCGGCAGUCAUGGUCUAUCCGGGCUUCUUGCCGAAGCCGCGAGACGAGCCCCUUCCCGAGGAACGGCGCUUCCAGGGCCGCAUUGCUUUGGGUGUGGCCGACGACCUGUUGGACUGGGGAGACUGGAGGCAUGUGCUCAUCCUCGGGCACGGCGCCUUCGCCGUGGAGAGCACCCGGACCGCUGCGGAGGCAGGGGCAGCUUCCGUGACCAUGUUGUGCCGGAGGCGGAAUCUGGUCCUUCCACGUGUCGCUGCCUGGUUGGUGGAUGGAAGCGGGCCUGGUGCUGAGCUCGGCAUGGACGCGCUGCUACACAUCUCGCAGCCGAUGUAUGAGCUCGUGGGCUUGUCUGCGCAGCAAAAGGAGCAAGCCUUGCGCAGGAGUAUUCUGGCUGAUCCGAGAGGGAAGGUCAUGUCGCAGUCCAACCCGGCCAUCUCCGAUGUCUACUUUCUGUUGCAGGCACUGGGAGUGUUGGAGGUGGUCGUCGGCCAACUGGCCGAGUUGCUUCCCAGAAGUGCCAGGUUGAGCCUGGAAGGAGGCGGACGCUCUCGCACGGUGGACUGCAGCAUGGUGGUGAAAUGCUUGGGCUGGGAUCACUCUGCGCAGGACGCCUUAAAUCGGGGUCUACAGGUGCAGAGCCUGCGAGGUUUCUGGAUCAACGGGGACCCACGGCGCUUCGUCUUCAAGUUCGCUUCGCGGACGGACGGAGCGAGGAGUCUCGCAACACUGUCCUUUUUCGUCCAGCUGCAGAAUGCACACGACGCCUUCUUUCACUUCCUGCAGAGGCCCGGGGAGUUGGAGGACACGAUUGGAGGGCUUCCGACGUCGCCGAGUCUGGCCGAGGACCUGGGUUCGACUUUCGUUGGUCAGACGCUGCUUGCUUUGGGACGAGGUGUCCCAGGAUUGGCCGUAUCUCAGCGGAACGUCGCCAGAAUGAAGGCAGCCCGCAUGCAACGGGUGCAUCCGGCAGAUCGGUUUCUCGAGGAGCUCCAGGAGGAGUGGAAGCAGUACCAACAACGGCUGCGGCCUGGAUUGCCAGCUCUCCAGUAUCCGUACUCACUCCUGGAAGUCGAACAUAUGCUUGCGGAAAGCCAGCAGAGAUCAGCUGCUUACGAGGCAGCUCGGCCUGCAGAUCAACCCCUUGCGAAGGCACGCGACCGACAAACACUCAAAGUGGAGAUCUCGCAGCAGGCGCUGGAGACUGCCAUCUUGAGUGCCACUGCAGCCGCCUUGGGCACGGCCACGGAGCUUUCUGCUGACACGCCGCUGCUGGAUCUGGGCUUGGAUUCCCUGGCACAGAUCGACUUGCGGCAGGCUUUGGCGAAAAGGCUGGGGGAUCCGGCUUCGCGGCUGUUAUCAGCCUCCCUGCUGUUCGACUAUCCAACUGCCCGCAGCAUGGCGACCCUACUUAUGGGGCAGCUUGAUGCGGAGCGCGAACCGGAGGAUGUCAAUGCGACGGCUGCAGCGGCCACGACGCAGCUGUCGACUCAAGCGACCACCGGCGAGCCGAAAUCCGAGAGUCCUGCAGACAGCAGCGGGCAGUACCAGCCAAAGCAGAGGGCACUUCCUGAGGCGAUCGUUCCCCGCGCGGAUCCCGCACGCGUGCUGGUGCCGACGAGCUGGUCGGACGGCCGUCCGUGCCGCCUCCUCUUCCUGCACGGUGCACGCUGCGAUGCGGCGACGACGCGAAGCUUUCUGGAGGCGACUGCUUGGUCUACCCUGAAGCGCCGCGAGGGCGCCAAGGUGCCCCUGUUUGAGAUCGGCCUGGUCGAUGCACCGCAUGCGGACGUGGCGGACCCCAAACUCUUUGAGAGUGCCGUUCGCGCAGGCUGGUAUGACCCCGAGGGCGUCUACAGGCAGUGGCGCCUGCCCAACGAAGCAGGCGAUACCGGGCAAUGGGCGGAGAGCCUGUCUCUGAUUUCGCAUGUUUGGCGCCAGUGGGGGCCUUUCGAUGGCGUCGCCGGGCUGUGCGAGGGCGCCUCUGCAGCUGCCCUGGCACUGCUCUCCGGUGCCAUGCAGCCGCCUCCGCGUCUCCUGAUUUCCAUAGGCGGCUAUGCCGCCCCUGCGCAGCUUUGCAGCGACCUGUAUCGGCAAACUGCAGGCGUUCCAUCCUUUCACUUCGUUGGGAUUGAGGAGGAAAGUCCGGCACAGGCCUUUCCGGGCCUUCCUUGCUGGGAUGGCGCGUUCAAGGAAAGGAUGGACAUCGAUGGCAGCCACCGGCUUCCUGAGCUGCAUGGUCCCGCUGCAGCAGCGCUGCGCCGAUUCGUGGCGCUAGCCCAGGGGGAGGCAGACCAUGCAGAUGGUCGGGAACAGAGGGCUGAGCUCGACCCUCCGGAAGCGACCUUUAUGGAUCAGCGACGGCUGCAAUCAGAAAUUCUUCAGGCGAUUGCACGGGUGCGCCCAGCUUCUCGCACCCAUCUACAGGCGGCAGCGAGCCGCCUUGAAUCCAGGACGCAGACAGCUGACGAUGAGGAGCUGUUGACCUCCCACCUUGCCGAAUUGGGCGUUGCCUCCCUGGAGUGGAUGCUCCUGCGGCAGAGCUUGCUGCAUUUGCUCCCAGGCAUUCCGAUCCCUCCAGAGCUCCUCUUCGAUGCACCGACCGUUGCAGAGCUUGUCCAAGGCUGCUUUACAGAGCAGCAUCCGAUCGGAGCCAUGGGAAACAUUUGCUACACGACCGGCACAGAUGGCAAAGGCUUCGAGUUCAGCUUUGCCAACAUUCGGGCUAUGCGCCGCAAGCGCGAGGAGAAGGCCUUGCGAAGUGCGGGUUCCGAGCUGAGCGAGCCCUACACAAUCGACUGGAGCAAAGCAAGGAGCACGAACUGGCAGUUUGAGGAGGUCAAGGGCCCAGGUUCCUUCUUCUACAAGUUCGCGCCGGUUAUCGACAAGGUUCAAGGCCCCAUCGAGGAAGGCCGGACGAAGCUGAGAGAAAGGCCCUCAGAAUUUGAGGGACUGAUGUACCAGACCAACAUGGUGGAUUGGCCCAAGGAUCAGCAAAAGUAUGACCUCAUAAAGCGCACAGAAAGUGGAUACAGGUUCAAGCCGGGAACAGAGCCCAACUUCACUUUCGUGCAGGCAAAGUAUAUGGCCCUCAAGCCUCAUUCAGAGAUCGGCGAGUUUGAGCGCGAUGCCUACACUGACAAAAUGCACUUCCGUGGCCAGCGCCUGGCUGCUGCAUGCCACCCCGGGCGUGGACAGGGUGUCUGUGAUGUGCCUCACAUCAAACUCAUCGGUGAGAUCCAUCCCAAUGAUAUCGUGCAGGGCUCCGUGGGAGACUGCUGGCUGCUCUCCGCCAUCUCUGCACUUUCGGAGUUCGAGGGUGCAAUCGCCAAGAUCUUCCGCAAAACGAACCAGAUCGAGCGUCUGCCUCGUGACGGGCCCACCAAGUACACCGUCACACUCUACGAUCUGAAGUCCUGGUCUCCUGUAGACAUCGAGAUCGACGAGCGCCUGUGCAUGCUGCCGGACGGGAGUGACCUGUUAGGUGCGCAUCCAAGCUACGAUGCCGAGCUGUGGGCCUGUUACCUCGAGAAGGCGGUUGCUAUCCACUGCGGUGGGUGGGACGAACUGGACGGAGGGCAAUGCCCCCAUGCUUGGCGCAUUUUAACUGGCUGCAACGACCAGUAUGUCUUCAUGGAUGAUGGAGACGGGUUCGAAUGUUGGGGCAAGUUCAAUCCCAACACAGAGACUUGGGAGCCCAUGGAGAACUCAAUCAAGAAAAGUUCCCAGACCAUUUGGCGCAUGGAUUGGCCAGAGGUGGGAGGAGGAGGGGACAAGCGGACAAAGUGCGGCCACAACGAGAUGUUUGAGCGCAUGUGCGCCUGGGACGAUCAGAACUACGUCAUGGCAGCUGGAACCAAGCCGGGCUCUGACACUAACACCACAGACGGGAUUGUGGAUGGCCAUGCCUAUACGGUCAUCACCUGCUUGAACGAUGUGGCCGGCACCACCCAUGAUCUGAUCAAGGUGCGCAAUCCCUGGGGUCGGGGCGAGUUCACCUCUGGCGAGUGGUGCGAUGACGGACCCGGAUGGAAGAAGCAUCCUGAGGUCCAACAGGUAUGCAAGCCUGUGAAUGCCAACGAUGGCGUGUUCUGGGUCAGCAAAGAAGAGUUCUUCAAGUAUUUCAAGACCGUCUACUUGUGUGCCACUGACAUGAAGAAGUCCCAACAGCUCCAGCGCCUCCGAACUCCCGUCGCCAGCGAGGCGAUUUUGGCUGGCGUGGCCUCUCAAAGUCCAGAGGUCACGUCAUUGCCACAGAAUCCACUCAUGAGGCCAGCAGGGGAAGCAGCUCCAGCCGAAGAUGGAAGGACGUCUGCAACGGUCCAUCCGACUGCCGUUCUGCGUGGUGAUGUAGACCUGGGUGAAGGAUGUGUCGUUGGCGAGCAUGCCAUCGUUGGGCCCAGGGUCCGGCUGGGAGCACGCUGCCGCAUUGCCGCCAUGGCGAUUGUGGAGGAAGAUGUGACCCUUGAAGAAGACUGCGAGGUCGGUUCCCGGGGCCUCCUGCGGGGCCCGUUGGUGGCAGGAAAGCGAAACCGGUUCGACGAGGGAUGCUGUAUUGGUUGUCACAGCCGGCUUUCGGGGGCGCUCCCGAACGGCCACGUCAGCAUCGGCGACGACUGUUUGUUCGAGAUUGGUUCCGUUGUGCUUGCGCCAAGAGGUCUCAACGGCAAGCCAGGGGUGACCCGAAUCGGGAACGGUGUUAUGGUCCAAUUGAAGGGUGAAGUCUCUCACGAUUGUGUUCUGGAAGACGGAGUCUUUCUGAAUGGAGAGCUGGCUGGAUACUGCCAUCUCAUGGCGAAUGCCAAGGUUGCCAAAGGCGCAGUCCUCCACCAGUUUACUACGGUUGGUACCAGCUCUUUUUGCACCAUGAUGACGAAGGUGCGUCACGAUGUUCUGCCUUUCUGUGUCAUGGACGAUGUCCUGCUGGUGGAUCGAGUGCGGGGCCAUGUCAUCGCGUAA